AUGAACCCCUCCUUCAUCUCUUCGGCUACAGAAAAUGCUUUCCUAAUGGAGAGUUUUAAACCGACAGUCAUUGAUGUUGAUAUCUUCGUAAAUAGUAUUGGACCAGUGUCAUCAAUAAAUAUGGAGUACCAGAUUGACAUAAUAUUUGCACAGACGUGGACAGACAGCCGGCUCAGAUAUAACAGCACUAUGAAAAUAUUGACUUUGAACAGUAAUAUGGUUGGACUCAUUUGGCUACCAGACACUAUCUUCAGAAAUUCCAAGAGCGCAGAUUCACAUUGGAUUACUACACCAAAUCAGCUCCUUAGAAUAUGGAAUGAUGGGAAAAUACUUUACACUUUGAGAUUGACCAUAAAUGCUGAGUGCCAGCUUCAACUGCAUAACUUUCCUAUGGAUGAACACUCCUGCCCCCUCAUCUUCUCUAGCUAUGGAUACCCACGAGAUGAAAUGAUUUACAAGUGGAGAAAGAAUUCGGUGCAGGCAGCAGAUCAGAAGUCAUGGAGACUUUACCAGUUCGACUUCAUGGGCCUGAGAAACACCACAGACAUAAUCAAGACAACAGCAGGUGACUAUGUGGUGAUGACUGUAUAUUUUGACCUAAGCAGAAGAAUGGGAUACUUCACAAUUCAGACCUACAUCCCCUGCAUACUUACUGUGGUUCUCUCUUGGGUCUCCUUUUGGAUCAAAAAAGAUGCAACUCCAGCCAGAACAGCACUAGGAAUAACAACAGUAUUAACCAUGACAACGCUCAGCACGGUGGCAAGGACAUCACUACCCAGAGUCUCGUACGUCACAGCAAUGGACCUUUUCGUCACUGUCUGUUUCCUGUUUGUUUUUGCUGCUCUCAUGGAGUACGCCACACUCAAUUAUUACUCCUACAGCGCUCGCAGUCGCAGACCAACCUGCAACAAGACGAAAAGAUCGAACUACUCAGUACUGGAUGUGGGUCCUCCUCCCACAGUUAUCACGCUCAACAACUCCAUGUACUGGCAGGAGUUUGAUGAUGCCUGUGUUUAUGAGUGCCUAGAUGGAAAAGACUGCCAGAGUUUCUUCUGCUGCUAUGAAGAGUGCAAAGAUGGAGCGUGGCGAAAGGGCCGUGUGCAUAUAGACAUUUUGGAACUUGAUGCAUACUCGCGUGUCUUCUUUCCCACCUCGUUCCUAUUGUUCAAUGUUGUCUACUGGGUAGGCUACUUGUAUCUUUAGCGAUCCCACACACCUCACGACACAAAGAACUUGACUUUUGGUUCUGUCAGAGCAGACACGAAGAACAGACUGAACCAGGACUUUUCAAAGUAGGGUAAAAAUAAAAGUGGAGACCGGUUAUCAGAGUUGAGCUGUGGUGAUUCAAGGACUUCUCCAGUAGAAGAUGAAAAUGAAAAAUAAGACAAUGCUACAGGAACCGAAAAAUACAGCAGAUACAUCAAAACCCUU